UCUCUCUCUGUCUCUCUCUCUCUCUCUCUCUCUGAUUUAAAGUGUGAGCACACACUGACAGGAUGAGCGGAUGCGAGAGGAGCGCAGCAUCCAGUGCGCGGCGGUGAUGCUCCGCUGUAAAACGCACCAUUUUUGGCACACACGGGGAUGCGGCCGCUUGGACUCUCCCAGCCUGUCUCACAGCCGACAUAAGUUGAGGGGAUGUGCGAGGAAUCCAACCGAGGAUCUCCCUUCAUUUUUUUUCUCCAACUUCCAUGGCUUGAGUGGCCCGUUGGCAGCCGAGGAGGGAUGUAAGGUCCGGGCAGUGCACCUCCUUCACAUUGCGCGGAGCAGCGGCGAGAUCCAGCUCUCUGUCUGACUGCCAGUAAGACCCCCCCACCCCCCCUCCACCCCCUUAAAAAAACUACUUUGGAGAUGUGAAUGAUCGCCUCGCCUGUCCUAUGCUAUCGAUAAGAGGAUGUGAAGAUGAUUGUGGUGUAAACUCUUUGCAGUCAGUGAUCUCCCGCCGAUCCGGACAGGGCGGAUGGUCUUUCCCAAACACUUCAAGCUAUGUUUACUGCAUUCAUCUGUUGGAAACGCUGCCUAGUGUCUUCAAGAAGAGCUCAAGAGGAAUGCUAGUCCAAGAUCUAAUGCCAUUUACUUUAAGUUUUUGGCCUUUUUUCUUCGGUCACUGCCUUCUCUCACUGUUGUUGCUCUCAUGCCAGGGAGAUCUCCAGAGGUCAUGCUCGCGGUCUGUGGCGGACAAAGUUAGUGAAGAGUGCCAGCUGGCGUGCCACUGUAAAAGAUACCCACCUUUUCCUCCACCACCUCCCCCACCGCCUCCUCCCCGGCUGCUUGGUACCACAGUGGCAGAGCCUAUGGUGCCUUUGUUAAGGCCCUGGUGGAUGGAGAUGGAGAUUAUGGUGCUCGGAUCAGUGGGCUGUGCCUCAGUCGUCUUCCUCCUCUCAGCCAUCAUCAUCUGCUACAAGGCCAUCAAGAGGAAACCGCUCCGAAAGGAAGAGAAUGGGACAAGUCGCGGGGAAUAUGCCAUGAGCAUCCGCGCCAAGAAGGCCAUGGGGACGAACAACACUGUGGUGUAGACUAUCUCCUGCAAAAAAGAAAAAAAAGCAACGUCACCUCCACCGUCCCUCCCCUCAACUCACACAUCCAACUGUUCCUUUCCACCCAGAAUGCAGCAGGGUUUCGGCUUGGUGCACCUUUCCUCUUUGCACGGCAUGUCGCCUGGACUGAAAGCUCAAGAAGGGCUGUCAAAGACGGAAGGGGGUAAGAAACAAUCAAGCCAGAAAGGAGAGAAAAGCAAGCCCCAGCGUGAACAUUCUGCUGUAGUAACAGCAGGUGUUGGUGACAGGCUGGUUGGCUGCCGGCUGGAGAGAGACUGUCUGCUAGUCCGCCGCAGAUCCAGACCUCACACGCUGUUGACAUCUACAGUGGAAACA